AUGGCCAGUGAACUAAAGGAGCGCCCCUCGGCAACGGGGCGGACACUGGUUGCCGUAGGCAUCGUCCUCUUUGUGCACGCGGCCUACUCGACGUACGAAUCAGUCCUGUCGCAAGGCAAGUCGAUGGACCUCGGCACGGCCUCGACGCAAUACGAAAACGCGAUCCCCUGGGAUGUUACAUUCGAAACGCUCCUUGCCUUUGCUGUGCUUACGCUGGGCUGUGCGCUGACUACGCCCCCCCUGAAAGAGAUUGCGUGGGCCACCGAGCUGCGCAGCGACUCGAUCGACCGCGUGGAUGCGCGCCCGAGCUUUGCCAAUGUGCGGCAUCGCGGAGCAAUGCUUUUUGGAGAUAAGUAG